UGAAGGUUUUAAUAGUGUGAUUCUUGAGGCACGAGGAAAGCCCAUUAUAACCAUGCUUGAAGAAAUUAGAGUUUUCCUCAUGAAAAGAUGGGCAACCAAUAGAAUCAAAUCAUCUAAUAUGGACUUUGAUAUCUGUCCCAAGAUUAGAAAGAGACUUACAAAGGAGUCUAAUUUAUCCAAAAAUUGGAUCCCUAGUUGGUCUGCAGAAAAAAUCUUUGAAGUUAGGCAUUAUGCACAGAUUACAAACAAGUUUGCAGUUAACCUGGACAUCCAAGAUUGUACGUGCAGGAAAUGGCUUCUUACUGGGAUCCCUUGCUGCCAUGCAAUUACAGCCAUGAAGUUCCUAAAUUUAGAUCCAGAAAAUUAUGUACCCAUUUGGUUCAGACGAUCAAUGUAUGAAGAAGCAUAUGCCUCCAUUAUAUUUCCAGUGAACGACCACCUAUUAUGGGAAAGAACACCCUACGUAGACGUCCUCCCACCAUUCAACAGAAAAUUACCUGGCAGACCAAAGAAGAAAAGAAGGUUGGAGCAAUGGGAACUAAGGAGGGAUGAGACCCAAAUGACUAAAGGUGGCCAUCGCAAGAAAUGUAGUAUUGGUCGUCAAGUUGGACAUAAGAGAAAUAAAUGCCCACCUCAACAUCAAGCAGACCUACCAGGACCAUCCCAACCACCAACCCAACAACCAACUGAGGAAAUUACAUAACCAUCCGAACCACCUGCUGAGGAAAUGACACAACAAUCUGAACCCCCACCAAUCAGACCUGACAAGUUACCAAUUAGAAGACAACGUGCUUUAUAAUGUUAUAAAAUUGUUGUAAUUUUGUUUAUUUGGAUUUGGUCAGUACUGUGGUAAACAUUAGCCACUGGAUAUGUUUUGCAUAUGCUUUAAAUUUCUUUUGCUGUGAAACAUUAAGCACUAAAUUUGUUGGAAUUGGUCACUUGAUAUGAAUGUAAUGAUUAC